AUGGCUUCCACUAAUGGUUCCCCCCAUGUCAGCGGCUGGCAGUCAGCGGCUGAAAGUCCCCGGCAGUCGCCGUUGUCACCGCCACCGCGGCCGCCGCCUGAGUUCGAGAUUUACAUAUGGCAUCCCAGAUACCAGAUGUGCAUGCGGUACUUCCUCGACCACGCCCAGCAUUCGAUACCCGUGCAGGCGCUGGCCGACCUCAUGAACAUCCAGCUGCCCUUCCAGAUGCAUCCGCAUCCCAUCAACAGGUUCGAAACGCUGCCGGUUGGAGGUGCGCACCCCCAUGAGCGCAUGCCAGGCCCGGAGCGCCACGCGCGGUUCGUAUCGCUCGUGUCCUAUAUUCGACGAUUGGUCGCCACUGGCCACGACAACCCGCGCGUGCUACACGGCUUCUUUGGGGACGAGUGGCAGGCUGGGGUGGGCGGGCUGCACGAGAUCGAACGGCGGAACUACAUGUUUGCGGCGAAGAGCGUGUCCUGGCUGCAGUGCAAGGAGGCAUACGACAUGAACCCCCAUGAGACGGUGCCGUUCAUGCAGCCGCUGAAGGACGUGACCGAGGAGGAGAUCCUGCGGGCGGAGGUGGCCUGGAGCGAUUGGAUGUUUAUGCAGGACUGGAAGCUGGGCCCGAGGUCGCUUAGCCUGUCUCCGCCCCCGGGGCUGUGGAGGGAAGGCCGCAACUGA